AAUUAUUUGACAGUUUGAUUACAGCCCUGAUAGAAUAAGGUUUAUUUUUUACAAAAAAGGAGUAAAAUUGUUGUCCUUAAGGCCUACAAGUGCCUCUGUAAUAAAAGCAAUGUUUAAAACGAUUAUUGAGAGAUGAAACACAGAAAAAUAAUAUGAAACAGACCUUGUUGUGUAGAUUAAUCAAUUGUGAGUAUAGCUAUAUAUGAAAUGAAAAACUUAACUGAACUAAUUCCCUAAAAACCUUUUGUCAAAAUCAUUUGUCAUCUUAUCCCCAAAGGGACUCUACUCAUAAUGAAUGUUGAAGUUUUUCAAGAAAUAUACAAUGGCCUUGUAGCAGACUAUCUCGAAAUCUCGCAAGAAAUUGGAAAUGGGGUGUACGAGCAAAGCAUUGUAAUUGAUAAGAUAUUUUCCCUGCAUUUGGACCUGUUUGAAACCAGUUUAAAAUACCAAAAACCGCUGCAUGAUACGCACGAAACCUUACUAAAGCAGCCUAUACUGAAGGAGGUUGAAAUUCUGGAAAUAAUCAAGGAUAAAAAUAGAGAGUAUGAAUACAGUGAUCUUUUGAAUUUGGUUUGUGAGAGCAGCGAUAUUUUUAGGUGGAUAACGCAGUUUGAUUUGUCGCAUUUUCCAAAAAUAAUAGAGAAUAUCCACGAUUUGGCUAUGAGUAUAGCACACGGGGAAGUCUGGUUAAAAAAGUGGCUGGAAAUAAUACAAAACCUCACAAAAUUCUUGAUUGAUAACUACAGUAAAGGUUUGACGUGGCACGGCAAGGAAAUAUUACCACCGCCGGUAAUUUUGAGCGAUAUUUCCAGCAUACAUAAAAUAUUCGACCAUCUAUCGCUAUUUAGAAGCAUUAAACAGGGAAAUAAUCUGGUGAAAGUGCUAAGGAAACUCAAGAUAAGCGAGGAUAUGACGAUUUGUGAAGAGUACAAUGACUUAAGUAAAACUGAAGAAGUCUACAUGCAGGACGACAAGAAGUGGGUAAUAGAGCACAAAAAAAAUGACAAAAGAAAUCUUCUUAUUGAAACCAGUGAUUUGGAUAACUUGGUUUUUAUAUACAACUGUAAAAACUGCAAUAUUGUUAUAGAAAGUAACGUUAAAAUAAUUCGCUUGGAUUCAUGCAAAAAUAUAAGCAUUCUCUUCAAAACGAUCUACAAUUUUGUAGAACUAGUCGAGAGUAGUAACAUCAAUCUGCAUUGCUUUGGAAUUAUUCCAAAAAUCAACAUUGAUUGCACAGACAACGUUAAUAUUUUUGUCACACAAAAACCCAUGAACGUUUCUAUAUACACAACCCAGUCGGAUGGUGUAAAAGUGCAUUUUCCCUACGACGAUGGCCAAUAUAGAACUUUCCCCAUUUCCAGUCAAUUAUUGACGACUCUGGAACCCAACAAAGGGGUCAAAACUAUUGUGGUAACCAAAGAUGUCGAAGCAAUUUUUUAAGUCCA